GGGUUGCAGAGUUGGGCGGAGCGAGAUUCUGUUUCCAGCGAAGAGGCGGGGUCUUUGCUGCGUAGGCGGGACUUUGUGGGCGUUGGGGGGAUCUGGGGAUCUGCUGUGGCGCUGAGGGGGCGGAGCUCUAGCUGCUCUCCUGGAGAGCCAAAGGACCUCUGGGCCAAUGUGUAGCUCUCCAAGGUCAGGGGGCGGGGGCGGGGCUCUGAGGGGCGGGGCUUUAAACUAAGGCAAUUCCCCCCAGAAAGGGGCGGGGCUCCCCUGUGUAGGCGGGGUUUUACCCAAUCGGGCUCUUGUUUGGAUUCCGGGCGGGAGGGUAUCAUCUGGUGGUGCUAGCCUGUGGCCCUGUCCCAGCUGGAGCAGGUGGCUCGCCCCUCCCCUGGGCAGGUACUCACUGCUGAAGCGCAGGCCGGUGUGGGCUGCUCUGCGCCCUCCUCCUGGGCUUAUAUGCCGCUCCACUUGGACACUCGGGCAUGGAGCACGCUGCUCGACCUCAGCUAUGGAGUUGGAUGAGUUGUACCUGCUGGACGCGCUAGUCUACUUGGAGGGUGUCAUGGCUUUCGUGGCCUUCGUGGGGCUCUGGUUUGUGGGCUCUUCCUACGGCCGCUACUCGCCGCAGUGGCCCGGCCGCCGAGUGCCCGCGCGACCUGCUUGGUUCCUACAGGAGCUGCCCUCGCUAGCCUUGCCUCUGUACGAGUGCAUCCGUCCUGCAGCCGCGCAACUGGGCAACCUGCCUAACCGCAUCCUGCUGGCCAUGUUUCUGAUCCACUACGUGCAAAGGACACUGGUCUUCCCUGUUCUGAUCAGGGGAGGGAAGCCCACCCUGCUGUUCACCUUUGUCUUGGCCUUCCUGUUCUGCACCUUCAACGGCUACUUGCAGAGCCGAUACCUGAGCCAGUUUGCCGUGUAUGCUGAAGACUGGGUGACCCAUCCCUGUUUCCUGACAGGCUUUGCCCUGUGGUUAGUGGGCAUGGUGAUAAAUAUCCACUCAGACCACAUCCUGAGGAAUCUGAGAAAACCAGGGGAAACUGGAUACAAAAUACCCAGGGGAGGCCUGUUUGAGUAUGUAACAGCAGCCAACUAUUUUGGGGAGCUCGUGGAGUGGUGCGGCUUUGCGCUGGCCAGCUGGUCCCUCCAGGGCGUAGUGUUUGCUCUGUUCACACUCUCCGCACUGUUCACCAGAGCAAAGCAGCAUCAUCAGUGGUACCAAGAGAAGUUUGAAGAUUACCCCAAAUCAAGAAAAAUACUAAUUCCAUUUGUGCUUUAGUGCGCUGUCAAUGCUAUUGUCUUCCAUGAGCUGAGCGUCUGCCUUCCUAGUGACUUUGUUCUGAGCACUUACAUAUGAAUUCUUUUCCUUAAUUCGCCUGCAGCUCCAUAGUUCUCAGGAAGGGCAGUAGGAGAGUGUUGUCUCCUGGUAAAGGACAAAGCCAAUCAUAAACUAAUCCACCAUGUGCAGUUAGGGGCUAUAAUGCCUAAUAGGUCAGAAGCAGGGAACACUGAGUCCUUACGGCCCCCUCUAACUUCUGGUAUCAGCACCCCUUAUAACCCUACAAGGAUUCUACCCAGGUCAGCAGCAGUCACCUGUCUCCUUCACAGAUGUGUGUUCUGCCUGCUCAGCCCUUGCCACAGAGGCCUGGAGGUGUGGGAGUGUGGCCCAGGGGCAGCCUGCCAUCCUUUACUGCAGACCCCUUUGACCCCCAGACACUGGUAAGAGAAGUGUUCCUACAACAUGUUCUGUCCCCCCCCCCCCCCCCCCGAGAGGUGAGACUGCAGAGUGUAUCAAUUCACUCACUGGGCCCGUUUUUACUCUUCCUUUGGGCUAGAAUUCAUUAAGGUCCUUUAAAAAGAAUCUCUUAAUAUUAUAAAACAAAAUGUCAAAACAGAAUUUCAUAUUUUGAAUGCACCCCAAGGACCAGUCAUGGCACAUGAAGAUGGAAAGCUCAGGGCUAGCCUGGGCUAUGUAGGGAGACCCUCUUUGGGAAAGCAAAACAUAAACAAACAAACAAAAAACUGGUAACAACCGGCUAACAGUCCAAGGAAUUGACUACAGUAAUAAGAGAUGCCACCCACACAAGCACCAGCUUGGUUGGGAGAAAGAUGUUCACCCAGGAUACUAACUCGACUGUGGCUCUGGGCUGUAUGAGGACCACUGGUGAAGAGCCAUCACUACUGGAAGGAUGAGCACUGUCCCAGGACAGCAUCUACAUUUACCACUCACCCUUCAUCAUCAGGUGCCAGAACUAAAGGAAACAGAACAGGUAGGACUGUGUGCUCUGAUCCCAGUAAAGAUGCUGCAGGAAGACCUGCAGGCACACCUAAUGGUGUGCACAGUGCCCAUCACCCGCCUUUCCUGCACAUACCACCUGCCAUUCCUGCCCCCACCUCUGUGUGCCUACUACCACUUCUGUGUGCCUACUACCCACCUCCAUGUGCCCAUGGAGCACCUUCCCUGUGCUCUUUUGAGCUGGCCUUCCCAGCAGGGCUUCCUCAGCUCUUCUGCUCUCAGACAGAAACUAUUCUCCAUGCCUCUGGUUUGCAGAAUGUCUAGACCUGACCCAGGAAACUUCAUGACGUGGCUAUUACAUUUUCACAGAGAGCAAUGUUUAAAGGAGAAACAACCCCCCCCAACCACCCCCCGUCAAAUCCUUUACCCUCUCCUUUUCUGACCAAGGAACUGUUUGAAAACUUAAAGCACUAAAUAGUGCAGCUCUCCCCUCAAAACCUCAGUGAGGCCUGCCAAGUGUGUUCUGAAGGGUUUGCGUGGGAGGAGGUACUCAGCUGAGAUCCUGGGGAUGUUUGCUGUGAAUUUGACCUCCUUUGGAGGGCAUGGUGCUAAAGUUGCAACUCAGGACUCCAGGCUGCUAGGCAGAUUCCCUGACACUAAACCACAUCACAUAUUAGCCUUAUGAUGCCUCUUUGCUUAUGAAGAACCAAGCUGCCCACAGGUUUGUGGUUGUUCCCCAUGCUAAGUGAGAGAUUAAGAGGAAUCCUGUCUUAUACUCUACUUCAUUCCCUGAAACUCUUAAUUUACUUGUGUGAAUCAUGAUUAUUAAGGAAGUUAAUAAAACUACAGUUAUAAGUCCA